UGUGUGGUUUGGAUGUGGGUGGAGCAGCUUGCACGCAUAUUACAACAAAGAUCAUGGAAGAGGGAUGAAAGUUACCUUCACUACUAUCAGGCCUUAGAUUUGGGGGGAAAAAUAUAUUCCGUAGAGUGGAUUGUUGUUUCAGAACAGAUUUAAACUAUGUCCAGGAAAUUGUCCCAUAGAUCUUAUCACUGCUUCAAAAGAGAUCUGAAUUGCCCUAAAGUUCUGAACCCUGCUUCCGCUCUGCCUACAGAGAUGACCAUGAGUUGUCAGCACCCCAUCAACCCCACCCACUGUGACAUGCUGCCCCACCCAGCCAGAGAGGAUAGGUCUAGCUAUAUAUGAAAACUCAAUCAGCAAGGAGAUGCCUUUUCUGAAAGUUCUGAUGUUCAGUUGGAAGUCUUGGUUGGGAGGAGUGCCAGGAAAGAGAAGGGUGAGCUCAGAUGAUAUCAUCAUAGGCUGAGAUAACUUGUGUGUAAAAAGAAUAGAAAGAAAAGAAAACCGAAGGAAGAGUGAUGAAAAGAGUUGGGAGAAGGAAUUGAGAAAGCAAUGAAAACAAAAAGCUUCAAGGGAAAGAGAAAAGUAGAGAUGGAAUGUGAAAGUAGAAGGGAGUUUUGGGAUUCUACUUUUCUUAAAUUGGAUUUGGUCCUGAACUUUGAUUUUGGUACAGUGGUUAGGAGAUGCCAGCCCUGAAAGCCUGACAUCUGCUCCUUCUUUCCAGAAGUUGUAUCCUUUUGUCCAGGCUGCUAUUUAUGUCGCUACUCAACAACAGCUUAGCCUGUAAUACCUGGAGUUUGUUAGAAAGUAGGAUGACGGUAUCAGGUAGCUGACUUUUUUGAUAACUUCUGCCUCUUCCAUUUUUUCCCCUAAGUUUCCCUGAGGGCUUGGGUUAGUGAAUGCAUUUGCCAAUAGACAAACACUUGCAUCCACUUAGCAUUUAGCCAUAGCUGAGCAAAUGCUGUCAAGGAAGAGGAAAGGUAGCAAAGUGUGAAAUAUUUUGAGAAUAACUAAGUUAGGAGAAUUAAAAAAACAAAAACAAACAAAAAAACCCCUGUUGCCACCAAGUCGAUUCUGACAUGGAAACCCUAUAGGGUAGAGUAGAACUGCCCCAUAGGGUUUCUCAGGAGCGCCCUGGAUUUGACUUGUUGAAAUUUAGUUCAUGCAAAAUACUGCAAUUGAUCCUGGAAAGUGAGAGACUACAGGAGGCAUCCUCUUGGCUGUCUUGCCUGAACAAAAAGUCUAACUUUUGGCUGCUCCUUCCUUGGCCCAUUACUCAUUAGUCAGUAGAGGCUUUAUUUCCAUAACAACUGUGUGUAUUAACAUUGUAGGAAAUUGACCAUGAAAGAAGUUGGACAGGACCCAUCGGAUAAUGUGUAUGAUAUGAUGGAAAUACCAAAAUUAGAAGUCACAAAACAGAACCUUGACUACCUGAACUCCUACCUUGAAAAGGACCUGCAGAGGCUGGAUGAGGUAAAUCAGGUUUGUCUGAGAAAAAUUCAAGAGAAAGAAGAAGCUAUUGAAAGUCUAGAAAGAGAGCUUGCCCUGUCACUAGAACUAGCCAAGGCGAAGGAGUAGCUGAAUGACAGUGUAUCUGAGGAGGAAGCCCUGAGGGACUUGGAAUUAGAGACAGCAAAACUGGAAAAAAAUAAUAAGAUUCUAACCAAGAGUGUGCUGGAGCUUCAGAAGAAGAUUUUGAGGAAAUUUAAUGAUGUUGGCCUUGAUAAAGAAACCUUAAGGCAGAUGUUGACAGACUUGAAGUUGAGACUACAAAAGGCAACAGAGUCCUGUGCAAAGCAAGAAAAAAAGCUGGUCAAGACAGAAAACGACUACCAAUCUGUGCAUCAGCUCUGUGAGGACAAGGCCCACUACAUAAAGAAAUACCAGGAAAUUCUGAGAAAGGUGGAAAAGGAAAAGGAGAUGGUGCUUCUUGAAAAAGAAAGGGCAGAGUUUGAGACAACCAAAGCUGCUGGAAAGAAAAUUGAGAGUCAGAGAUGGAGAGUCCGAAAUUCUGUGUCUGUAACUCUCCCCAAAUAUCUGGAUGACGCCAAACCCUGCAACCUCAAGGAAGUCUGUGAGCAGCACAGAUCCAAAGCCCAGAACGACACCUUCCAAAUAGUGAAACCUGGAUCAGUUUUGCUGGAGACCAUCCAAACCAACGUGGAGAAGACCAUCAUUAAGGAACAGAGAAGGAUCUUUGGGCACAGGCAUUUUCGGUGUCUUGUCUUCAUGAUCACGAUCUUCAUUAGGUUGUUGGAUUGUGUGCUUUUCCACAUACAGUACAUAAACUGUCACCUUCUUGUGGACAUCCUGCCCGUGGUAAUGAGCAGGGGCACCUUGAAGAGGUUGCGGGACUUCCUUUUCCCCUUCCUCACUCUGGAGGUGGAGGAAGUUCUGCCGCACUAGUCUCUGGUGGCCUGGGGUCCGCACACCACAUGGGAGUGGAGGAAGUAUGGCUAUGGCCCCACAUGG